UGACGCGUCUCUCUUGAGCUCUCCUAGCGACGUGUCAGUCCUCUUGAGUCCGCAGCCCAGCAGUCAAAAGGGAAGCUCACUCACUCCUUCCAAUUAUGGCUCCUAAAGUCAACAACAAACAGCAAUCGGAGGAAGACCUUCUUCUCCAAGACUUCAGCAGAAAUCUCUCGACAAAGUCCACUGCGCUGUUCUACGCAAAUGCACUUAUUGUUUCUGCCAUUCCAAUCUGGUUGUUCUGGAGGAUUUGGCACAUGGAUCUGGUCCAAUCUGCAAUUCUAUACACCGUGAUGACCCUGAUCAGCACCUAUCUGGUGGCCUUCGCCUACAAGAAUGUCAAAUUUGUGCUCAAACACAAAGUUGCUCAGAAACGUGAGGAUGCCGUUUCCAAAGAGGUGACCAGGAAGCUGUCAGAGGCCGACAAUCGCAAGAUGUCCCGCAAGGAGAAAGAUGAAAGAAUCCUGUGGAAGAAGAAUGAGGUCGCCGACUAUGAGGCCACCACCUUCUCCAUCUUCUACAACAACACACUUUUCCUGGUGCUCGUCAUCGUCGCUUCCUUCUUCCUGCUCAAGAACUUCAACCCCGCUGUCAAUUACUUCUUGUCAAUCGGCGCUUCCUCCGGACUCAUUGCGCUGCUGUCGACCGGUUCCAAGUAAAUAAGGAUUAUGAUGGUGUUAAUGGAGGGAGAACGGGUGGGAUACUUUUCGCUAAAGUAGGGAAUGGGGAAGAAUAUCACAUUUCAACUUCAUGAAAUUCAUGAUAAAAAUCUGGAGGCUCUCAUUCCAGGCGCAAUUUUUUUUGUAACAAUAAAAAUGACCCAUUGUAUUUGCUCAUUGUCUGUGUUAGA